CAUUAGUGUAACUUGUAGUUCACUCAAGUUUCCGCCCAUGUGACUUCCAGCUUGAGUUCUCCAUUAUUAUUUUUUUUUACCAGAAACCACAAGUGAGAAAGCAGGCCCCCAAAAGUCAGCGACUAUGUCACUGCUAGGUGCAGUGUGGCCAGGCUGCAGAGAGAAGAGGACCCUGGGAUCCAGAGGUACAUGGUGGGCAAGCACGAAGAAGGAUCCAAGGAAGGGGGUGGGCUGGUGACCUCAUGAGUGGUGGAGAAAGGCAGCUUGGUGCUUAGAGAGCUAGAGGAAGCCCCGGCUGGAAGGGAAGCGGAUGAAGCUGGUCCAACCCCUGGAGACUCCAGCCAUGCCUCAUAGCUCUGACAGUAGCGACUCCAGCUUCAGCAGGUCACCUCCACCCAGCAAUAAACAGGAUUCCUCAGAUGACGUGAGGAAAGUUCAGAGAAGGGAGAAAAACCGUAUUGCUGCUCAGAAGAGUCGACAAAGACAGACACAGAAAGCAGACACAUUACAUUUGGAGAGUGAAGAUUUGGAGAAACAGAAUGCAGCUCUCCGCAAAGAGAUCAAGCAGUUGACGGAGGAAAUGAAGUAUUUCACCUCAGUGCUGAGCAGCCAUGAACCACUGUGCUCUGUCUUGGCUACCACAUCCCCAUCACCCCCUGAAGUGGUCUAUGGUACCCAUGCCUUCCACCAGCCCCACGUCAGUUCCCCACGAUUCCAGCCAUGAUUUCAACCACCAGGGGAGGAAUGUUAGAGACUUGGACAUUCAAUUGCAGAGAGAUUCCUCCCUAGGAUUUCCAGUGGGAGAGUCCAUAGAAGACACAAAGUAAGGGAAAAGACUUGUACAAAAAUAUUUAUAGCCACACUCUUUAUGGUGGCAAAAAAUUAGAAAAUGAGGGCAUGCCUUUCAAUUGGAGAAUAUCUGAACAAAUUAUGGUAUCUUAUGGUAAUGAAAGGAAUAAUGAACUGGAGGAAUUCCAUGUGAACUGGAACGAAUUCCAGGAAUUGAUGCAGAGUGAGAGGAGCAGAACCAGCAAAGCAUUGUACACAGAGACUGAUACACUGUGGCACAAUCAAAUGUAAUGGACUUCUCUACGAGAAGCAAUGUAAUGACCCAGAACAAUCCAGAGGAACUUAUGAAAAAGAAUGCUAUUCACAUUCAGAGAAAGAAUUGAGGAAACAGAAACACAGAAGAAAAACAACUGCUUGAUAACAUGAGUUGAUGAGCAUAUGACUGGGGACAACCUGGUGCAAGUAUCAAUAAUAUGGAAAUAGGCCUUGAUCAGUGACACAUGUAAAACCCAGUGGAAUUGCUCAUUGGCUAAGGGAGGGGGUGGGAGAAGGGGAGGGAAAGACCAUGAAUCAUGUAACCAUGAAAAACUAUUCUUAAUUAAUUAAAUAGAUAAAUAAACUUAAUUUUAAAAAA